CGAGUGCAGUGCCUGAAGAAGAAGUUUUACUUCCACUUUCAAGAUUACGUUGACUUGAUUAUCUGGAAGGUGCAAUUUUUGGACCGACAUCACCUGUUGAUCAAGUUUGGCAGUGUUGAUGGUGGGGUAUCUCGAAAUGCUGACAGCCAUCCUUCUUUUUUUGCUGUUUACAAUAUGGAGAGUACUGAAAUUGUUGCAUUUUAUCAGAACUCAGCCGAUGAGCUUUAUUUCUUGUUCGAGCUGUUCAGUGACCAUUUUCAUGUUUCAUCCAAAAGUUCAUUACAUAUGAACUUUAUGUCCUCACACUCAAACAACAUCCACGCCCUCGAGCAACUAAGGUGUACAAAGAAUAAAGCAACCAAUUUCUCUCAAUUUGUUAAGAAGAUGAUGGCUUCCUUGCCUUUUAGUUGUCAGUCUCACAGUCCUUCCCCAUAUUUCGACCAAUCUCUCUUCAGGUUUGAUGAAAAG